AUGAACUCAACGGCGAACGCAUCAAGCGAGUUUUGGAACUGCGCUACUUUGUUUAGUUCCAAAGCUUUUAUCGGAGGAACCGUUGCCUUGUGUCUGAUCACUGUUGUUUCACUGGUUGGAAAUUCUCUCAUUGUAAUGCUCGUUUAUAAAACGACAAACUUAACAAAACCCAUAAAUUAUUUUAUCGCAAACAUGGCCUCGUCCGAUUUGCUGUUUAUACUUUUCAGGGGCACCCAACGAGGAUAUACUUCAAAACCACUUAACAUAGCAUUGUUGAACGUAUUUUAGUAUUUGAACGGUAGAUAUAGGCAUAUUUUUAUCCCCUAAAAACUUUUCAUCUGUUCGGAUUUCCUAGCUGAAAGUCUAGUGAUCAAAACUUACCUUUUCGAAAAUUUCAGCCAGGAAAAGGCUCCCGAAAAUUCUAGGUGGCCUUUUUUAGGGUAAAUAUCCGUGUAAAAUGGGUAAUUAUACCAUUUUCUAGAUGUUCGAAAAUCCUAGGAGAGGCAGGCAAGCAAGAAAUUUUACAACAAAUGUUCCGAAAAUUCUAGUUCUCAAAUCGUCUUCCGAACAGAUAUUUUCCCGAAAAUUGCCGUUGGAUGCCCCUGACUUUUCACUUGCCCUUUGCUCCUCGCAAGGUUGUACACAUCAUGGUUUAUCGGUGGCCACUUCGGCCAGGCUUUGUGUAAGUUUAACACUUUCUUUCCAGCAGUUUCCGCAGCCGUUUCGAUUCAAAAUCUGAUGCUGAUAGCUGUGGAUUGAUUUGGAGCCGUGGUAUUUCCACUCAGUUCCCCACUUAUCAGAUCCAAGUUGUGUCCCUUCUUUAUUCUCGCCACCUGGAUAGUUGCAGUAGCUGUCAGUUCGCCAUACUUGUUCGCCGUGAAACUGGUUGA